GAAGUACAGAAGUUGAAUCAGCAGCUAGAGGAGAAAAAUGGAGAGAUACAGCAGAUGAUAAAUCAGCCUCCGUAUGAAAAGGAGAGAGAAAUCUUACGGCUUCAGAAGAGCCUGGCAGAGAGAGAGAAGGCUCAGGCCACCAGCGACGUUCUGUGCCGCUCGCUGGCGGACGAAACGCACCAGCUGCAACGCAAGCUGGCAUCCACAGCAGAAAUGUGUCAACAUCUGGCAAAACGUCUGGAGGAGAAGCAAAGAAAAGACAAGGGGAAUUCAGAUGACCAGAUAACUACCGAAAGAUCUAAUCAGCUUUUAGACAAUGAAACUUCACUUCAGGCUCUUAUCUGCAACCUACAAGACGAAAACAGGAUGUUAAAGCAAAAAGUAGCUCACGUGGAAGGCUUAAAUGCAAAAUGGCAGAGAUACGAUGCAAGCAGGGAGGAGUACGUGACCCGACUCCACCUGCAGCUGAAGGAGAUGAAGUCCCAUCUGGAGCAGCAGCACGGCAUAACUUCAGCCCAAACCACCUCUGACCUGAUGCACAAGGAGAUAUGCCGCUUAAACAAGCUACUGGAAGAAAAAAUGAACGAAUGUGUAAAAACAAAGAGAGAACUAGAAGACCUGAAGAAAGCUAGUGAAGGAGAUAAUGAGCGCAUACAAAUGCUGGAACAACAGGUGCUAGUUUAUAAAGAUGAUUUUACAUCUGAGAGAUCAGACAGAGAACGAGCACAGAGUAAAAUACAAGAGCUUCAGGCAGAAGUUGCAUGUCUUCAACACCAGCUAGCACGACGACAGGACUCAAGAGACACAAAUGGUCACUUCAGAGUUCACGUUGGUAACCAGAAUCAUACGUAUGUUCAGACAAACGUUGAACACCUGCGAGGCAGUAGCCCAGGCCAAACAGGCACGAGAAGAACUUCUUCACAGUCUGAGCAAGCUUCUCCUCCUGCGGACAGUGAAAACUCAGGGCCUGAUGGCAGGGCGCAGGGGGAACUUAGGUGCCCUCAUUGUAUGAGAUUUUUCAGUGAUGAACUCGGCGAUGAAUUCCUCAAGCAUGUCGCCGAAUGUUGUCAGUGA